AUGGCUUUUAAGAAAAUGCUCUCAAAUACUUCAAUAAAUUUGAAAAAUUAUGGGACAAGCUAUCCCAAUCUAUUCAACUAAUAUAUGAUUAGAUUGAAAUGGAAAACUCAUCAGAUAUUGAUCUCAUAAACUCUAACAUAGCAGAAUUUUCCUAUACUGAUAUUGAAAAACUUGUAUCAAUAGUUGAAGGAAAAUCAUUAAUUGAUUGGAAGGAUAUGA